AUGGAAGCCCUGUGGCAGAUGAUGUUUGCAGACGAUGUGGUACUGUGUGCUAGAGAAAAAGGGGUUCUAGAGGAUAAUCUCGAACAGUGGAGAGACGCUCUGGAAGAAAGAGGAAUAAAAAAAUCAAGAUCAAAGACGGAGUAUAUGUGCUUGAAUGGGUUAUCCUUGGGAAGUGUGAAUCUGCAAGAUAGUCAACUGCCUGUGACUGACAACUUUAAAUAUCUAGGGAGCACGAUACAAUCAGGUGGGGGGACAAAAGUCGAAGUGACUCGUAGAAUCCAAUGUGGUUGGAAUAACUGGAAGAAGAUGUCUGGGGUCCUUUGUGACAGAAAAGUACCACCAAGAGUGAAAGGGAAGCUACACUGA